ACUACAUAUGUAGUUAUCAUAGUUAUCAAUGUCCUAGUAUUAGACACAGUUCAGUACUAAUUACAUCUGAAAUAGACAUUGUUACAUCUCUUGUGUAACUAAAGAUGCAGACAUUGGUUAUAAUCUUCACUAUUUUCACGAUUUCUUGUGCAUUUCCGAACGCAUAUGAUGAUAACGAAGACAUAGAUCACAUUGUCGGUGGGCAUAAGGCUAAUUCAUACAGCUUUAACUUUUUGACCGCUUUGUUACGUGAUGGGGAAUGUUUCUGUGGCGGAUCCCUUGUUACGGCAAAUCACAUUCUGACAGCUGCUCAUUGUGUCGAUUAUAUCAAACCUAAGGAUUACGGUUUGAUACAACUUUUACUGAAUACAUCUACUCUCAACCCACCCGACAAUGGGGCGAUUCAUAGAGGGGUGAAAAAGAUUGUACAUCAUAGAAAUUAUAAUUCAGCAACUAGUGUUAACGAUAUUGCCAUAAUUACGUUAGAUUCUCCCGUUGAAAAUAUAAAACCCAUACCCUUACCUCGUAUCGGAUCUACUUUGAGUUAUUCCGGUAUGUGGGCCACAGUAAUAGGAUUUGGACGUACAUUGAAAACCCUGGCGGAAGAUGAGUCGAGCGGGAACGGAUCUAAUACGCUUAUGGAAUCGUCCUUGCAAGUCAUUAGUAAUUCCAAUUGCUCUGAAAUGUAUUCCGAAAGUAAAGAAACGAAAAUAAGCGCCUCAAUGUUAUGCGCUUACGCUGCCGGAACCGAUACUUGUCAAGGUGACUCGGGUGGACCCCUGAUUGUUGAAGGGACUCAAAUUGGCAUUGUCAGCUGGGGAUAUGGUUGUGCUGAUCCCAAGUAUGCCGGAGUCUACACUAGGCUGACCUUUUUCUACACCUGGAUUAGAUUUAACCUAGUUUAAGGGCAUUUUGUUUUCAUUUUGGCUAAAAGGAAAUGAUUUUCUCUUAAAUCAAUUAUUUGGACCGUAAAUAUUAUAAAUACACGAUCCUAUGCACAAAAAAAACGGGCAAUCCUCAAAAUAGCCUAAAAGACUAAAGGGAAAAGAGGUUUGCAAACCCUGAGGGCCUAAGAGAGCUGUAAGCAGUACAAAACAGUGACUUGAAUAAAGAUCGUAGAAAGUUCAUCAGAAUUUAGGGAACGCCCCACAAACAUGGUGUGCUGUACUUUUUUAAGUGGGGUUUGGUAUUUUUAGCCUUAAUUAAAAGUGGAAUUCUCCUGCUUAGACUAUUUUACAAAUGAAUAAAAAUACUAACGUUACCAGCGUUAUAAACUGUGUCGACCCAUAACUGUAAGAACAAAAUCCUCUUUUCAUACAAAAAACCUCCUAUUACAUUCACAAGGGUUUUUCUUCUGAUUAUUAAACUGGGUUUUUCUUUUUGAAGAUCAAUAAGACUAGAAAAAUCAUUGCUGUAGUUUGACACAUACAAAAACAAAAAAGGGAAAAACAAAUUGAUUUUAUGUCGUGGGAUUGAGUGAAUAAGACAAAUGGGGAACGAUAUUAUUAUUUUGUAGUGAAUUUUUGCUAGAUAAUUAGAUUUUAUUAAUCUAUAAGAAAAUGUAAGAGAAAGUGGUUCUUAAAAGAUGAGUAAAAUUGAAAGAAAAAUAUUUAAUAAAAAAACAAAAUUAAAAACAGUAAUGGAAAUAAUGUAAAAUUAGACGCCACCUUUCAGCGCUUUUUCUUACUUUGAGAUAUUUUUGCGCAUUUCAAUUGUUUUCCCAUAAAAUAACACAUUGCACAGACGGCAAGCACAGAAGGCAAAGGAAACAGGCAACAGGCAAAGGCAGCACCACAGAAAGCUUUGAAUAAUUGAUUGUAAAAUAUUUGAUACUUGAUAUAAUAAAUUGAUUAAAUAUUUGAUUGAUAUCUUGAAUAUUUGAUAAGCCAUUUUGUAAAAAAAAAUCUAUGACCGAACCCUAGUACUACCACGUUCGAUGAAAUUACCUAGGUUUAGGGUUAAUCAAUCUUUUUUUUUAAUUAAUGUUUUUAAAAACUACGGUUUUCAUCAUCAUUUAGGGGGUUUUUAGGCAAUUUGAAAUAGGAGUUCAAAAGUAAAAUCCCUAUUUAUCUAUACAUACCCACGCAGAGACCACAUAAAAUCAGAUAACCAGUUUCCAUUAGAGCCCAAAGGCUCUAGCCUGCAACCCUUCUCAUGCGACUUCAAUCGACUUACGACAUACGAAGAGGUUCGUCUGCUAUCUGCUGCGCAAUGACUCAAUGUAAUUUUUUGCCCUUAGCUCUCAGCUCGUUGUUCGUUUUCCCUCCCAGCCUAAUAACCAUUUUUCUGUAGUUACUAAAAAGAAAAUCUACUGUUUUUUUAAAUUAAUAAUGAAUAAAUAAAUUUUAAAAUAUUAUUCCGGCAGCACUGUUAAAUAAUUACAGACAGUCUUGUUGGAUUUUGCUUUCUUUUUAUUUGUUCUAUUAUUUGAAUUAGAAUAAACAUGUUUUUCAGUUA